AUGCCUCCCCGCCGCCGAGCCGCCGCACCAGGCGCCCAGUCAACCCUCUCCUUCGGCAAUCGGUCCCGAGUCACCAAACCAUCCAGCACCCCGACCGCAAUCCACAAAGCCAAGACUCUCGAUUCUCCCGUCCAAGUCUCGCCAUCGGGGACCCCAGAGCCCCAGUCGGUCCUAGCAGAUGCGCACCCCUCAAAGCCUCAUGUCGCCGAGCUCGCAGUCCGACAACAGGCAGCCACACAACUGAAGGAGCCCUUAUCCGCGGAAGACGAGCGGGCCUUGAAGCUGAGCAAAAAGGACUUGCAGUCAUACUGGAGGAAGGAGGAGCAAAAGCGGAAGGCUCCACGGGUUCACCAGGCGGAUUUGGAUCUGGAGGAGAAGAUUCUUCGUCACUUUGACCUAUCUAGUCAAUAUGGGCCGUGCAUUGGUAUCGCUCGAGUCAAGCGCUGGCGACGGGCGAAUAUGUUGAAGUUGAACCCGCCUAUCGAGGUUCUAGCUGUUCUCUUGCAAGAUGGGAAGGUGAAGGAGCGGGCGCGUAUGGAUGAACUGCUCUCGUAG